AUGGAAACAGCGGCUGACGGCCCAGGCGACCGCUUCAUCAUCGGAGAGUCCCAGGCUGGAGAACAGCCCACCCACACAGUGAUGCCGGGCCAGGUGAUGAGGUGACGACGGGGCUCCUAUCCCCUGUGGGCAGACGCUGUGGUGCAGGUGGAGGAUACAGAGCUGCUCCGUGAGUCUGAGGACGGCACAGAGGAGCUGGAGGUGCGGAUCCUCGUACAGGCCCGUCCCGGACAAGACAUCCGGCCCAUAGGUCAUGACAUCAAGCGUGGGGAGUGUGUCCUGUCUAAGGGAACCCACAUGGGCCCCUCUGAGAUUGGCCUGCUGGCCACCGUAGGAGUCACCGAGGUGGAGGUGCAGAAGUUCCCCGUGGUGGCCGUCAUGUCCACAGGCAACGAACUGUUAAACCCUGAGGACGACCUCCACCCAGGAAAGAUCAGGGACAGUAACCGUUCCACGCUGCUCGCCACCAUCCAGGAGCACGGAUACCCCACCAUCAACCUGGGCAUCGUGGGAGACAACCCAGAUGACCUGCUGAAUGCCCUAAACGAGGGCAUCAGCCGCGCUGACGUCAUCAUCACCUCUGGAGGGGUGUCUAUGGGAGAGAAGGACUAUCUGAAACAGGUGCUGGAUAUUGAUCUUCAUGCCCAGAUCCACUUUGGACGAGUCUUCAUGAAACCAGGUCUCCCGACAACGUUUGCCACGUUGGACAUGGACGGUGUUCGUAAACUCAUCUUUGCCCUCCCAGGUAACCCCGUGUCUGCUGUGGUGACAUGUAACCUCUUCGUCAUUCCCGCCUUGAGGAAGAUGCAGGGGAUCCUGGACCCACGGCCCACCAUCAUCAAAGCCAGGUUGUCAUGUGACGUGAAGCUGGACCCUCGCCCUGAGUACCACCGCUGCAUUCUGACAUGGCACCACCAGGAGCCUCUGCCAUGGGCCCAGAGCACAGGUAACCAGGUGAGCAGCAGGCUGAUGAGCAUGCGCAGCGCCAACGGUCUCCUGAUGCUACCUCCAAAAACAGAGCAAUACGUGGAGCUGCACAAGGGAGAGGUGGUCGACGUCAUGGUCAUCGGCCGGCUAUGAUGUCAUCAAAGGGGGACGUUGAGAUGGCUUCAUAGAGAGAGGGGGUUCGAAUGGGUGGUUCACGGUGCAUGUCCACAUAUCAUUGACUAUUCUGUAAUAUGCAACGGCACAGCUAGUUUUUCUUGAUUUGGAUAACGUUGAGGUAUAGUCAACAUCUCCAUCACAAACCUAGGUACAUAUGAUACAAAAAAAAUAUGAUUAAUUUAAAAGAUUAUAAUAGUAUUUCAAACAAAGAAAAUAUAACUUUCAAAGAAAAAAAUCUAAUUAUAAAAAGAGAUUUAUUCUGUAAUAUAUUCUUAUGAUUAUUCUUAUGAUUCUUCUUCUUACUCUCAUUGUUAGAUUGUAAGGCAACUUUGUUCCUUUCAUUGCAAUUGCUUUGUGUGUUCAAUGCUAGACCUUAUCAAUAGCAGUAGCAUUUUAAUAGAUCUGUAGGUGCCUGCCAGGACAAAAAAAUAAGAAAUAUUAUUUUCUAAUUUUAGUGGGAAAAAAGUAUCCUUUUUUUUUUAUAUAUCAAGAAAAACCCUGAGGAAGACUCCAGAUUUCCCACGGUGCUCGUGUAAGAGGAAGGAGGGGAGGGUUUAAUCUAGGUCUAUUUCCUCUGUGGUGUGUCGCUUUAACGGUGACACCACACACUUCUAUUUUUCUCUCAUUAGUAUGCAUCACAAUGGCUUGACAAAGAGCUUUGCUUGUUGUUUAUCUUGUGAGUCUUGUUUAUGUGCGCAGUGCCAAAUGCCUGGGCAGGGAUAAUGGUGGUGCUGGAAAGGGGGGGGGGCAGUCAUCCACUAACCUGCCCAGACCCUGAAGCUUCCUUAUUUAUCACCUGACCAGGUGCAACUCUGCCCCCGGGGAGCGUGGUUAACUGGGAAAAACAAAAACAGUAUUUUAUUUGAUCGACUAAGUGAAAGAGGGAAAACACACAGAAUAAAAGAAACAGCUUCUUUAAGUGCUGACAGCCUUUUUAACUGACUUCACAAAAAAUGUACAGAAAAAAAUAAUACGAAGAUUAACCAUAUUGUACAGAUAUGUGACCAGCACUCUGAAGGAAAUGACCAAUAUUGAAGCAAUGAGGAGACAUUGAACAACGCUGUACUAUAGUACAUUUUCUGUAAUGAUAUGAAACUGAUGAAAGAGACUACGAUAAUAAAAAUCCUUGAUCAUUAUGUAAAAAAAAAAGUGAUUGUUGGGUUUCCUUUUUUAAAAUAAAAUCUAUUUCA